AUGAGAAUGUGUAUUGAUUACCGACAAUUGAAUAAGGUAACGAUUAAGAAUAAGUAUCCACUGCCGAGGAUUGAUGAUUUGUUCGACCAGCUUCAGGGUGCCAGGGUAUUCUCCAAGAUCGACUUGCGGUCUGGCUACCAUCAGCUAAGGAUUAGGGCAUCUGAUGUCCCUAAGACAGCUUUCCGUACUCGGUAUGGGCAUUAUGAGUUCUUGGUCAUGUCAUUUGGGUUGACCAAUGCCCCAGCGGCAUUUAUGGAGUUGAUGAACCGAGUGUUCAGGCCAUAUUUGGAUAUGUUCGUGAUAGUCUUUAUUGAUGAUAUCUUGGUGUACUCCCGCAGCCAGGAGGAGCACGAGCAGCACCUUAGAGUGGUUCUUCAGUCUCUGAGGGAUAGUCAUCUAUAUGCCAAGUUCUCCAAGUGUGAGUUCGUUGCAGGUAGUGUGAUUUUUGUGGAGUUUCAGAGUUGUAGUGGUCUAAGUGAAACUUCUUUUAUGUCCGAACAAGCCAUCUUCUAUUUGGGAUCCAUUGGAUUGCUUGGAGAGUAUUGUCCUACGUCAAGAAAAAAGAACCAUCAUUUCUCACGUUGGGUUUACUGUAUGCAUCUCGGAUCAUUACAGGAAGAACACAUUGACUUCUGUGGUUGCUGCAAGGCACAACCUUCUGCCGACAUACUGUGCAAUUGUUCUGCUGAAGAAUUCUCUGAAGACUCCUAA